UCGUUUCACUCGCUUCGGAUAUUUCCGCUGGGAUUCAAUCGUGCAUGUUUGAUCACGUGUCAAAUUCUUUCUUCAGUUACCGGCAGUCGCAGCGUGGCACAGACACAAGUAACCAUGGCAACAGAGAAAAAGGUGGUAAUGGUUACUGGAGGCACAGGUCUUGUGGGCAAGGCCAUAGAGAAUGUUGUCUCAAAAGAACUGAAAAGGGAUGACGAAGAGUGGCAUUUCGUGUCGUCAAAAGAUGCAGAUCUUUCAGACCUUGCACAGACUGAAGCAUUGUUUCAGAAGAUAAAGCCAACCCAUGUCAUCCACUUGGCAGCUCUUGUUGGAGGUCUGUUCCGCAACCUCAAGUACAAUCUUGACUUUCUGAGGGUGAACAAUCAGAUCAAUGACAACAUCCUCCACACCAGCUACAAGUCUGGAGUGAAGAAAGUGGUAUCAUGUCUCUCCACCUGCAUCUUCCCCAACAAAACCACAUAUCCUAUUGAUGAAACCAUGGUUCACAAUGGCCCUCCACAUGACAGCAACUUUGGAUACUCUUAUGCCAAACGUCUUAUUGACAUUCAGAAUAAAGCCUAUCACAAGCAGCAUGGAUGCCACUUCACUUCUGUAAUCCCUACCAAUGUGUUCGGUGCCCAUGACAACUUCAACCUGGAGGAUGGCCAUGUACUACCAGGGCUCAUGCACAAAGUCUACAUGGCAAAGAAGAACAAUACACCCUUCACUGUAUGGGGCACCGGCUCGCCACUAAGGCAGUUUGUCUACUCCCUUGAUCUGGCACGACUCUUUGUGUGGGUGCUUCGGGACUAUGAGGAAAUAGAUCCCAUCAUCCUCUCUGUUGGAGAGGAAGAUGAGAUCAGCAUCAAGAGAGCAGCUGAGUUGGUUGUUGAAGCCAUGGAGUUUAAGGGAGAGGUCAAGUAUGACACGACCAAAUCUGACGGGCAAUUUAAGAAGACUGCCAGCAAUGUCAAACUCAGAAAGUACCGUCCAGACUUCAAGUUCACUCCAAUAGAGCAAGCCAUAAAGGAAACCUGUGAAUGGUUUGUGGCCAACUUUGAGACAGCAAGAAAAUGAGGCAACUGGUGCUGUGACUUAACUGUCCUUGAAGGUUCAUAACUGGAAUCCAUUUUAGUUUUAGAAUAAUGUGUAUCAAGUGGUUGAUCUAAGCCAGGGGGCUGUAACUAGGUAUUAGUGUCAUUUCAAAGGUGCCUGGACAAUUAGGAAACACAACGCCGUCGACUAUUGUUAUUGCCAUUAUUUAUCACUAAAAUAGCUCUGUGUGUGAUAAAACUUAAUCAGUGAAAAAUGUCAUUCUGGCAAUAAGGAACAUUAUUUUCAGUUCUGACAAAACUUGUGGUUUACAGGAAAAUUUUGGUAAAGUAAUGGCAAUUCAUAUUUAGAUCAGCAAUCAGGAAGCUUUUCCAUUUUGCAUUGCAUGCAACUUUAACUUGGUUGGAAGGGGUUUACUGAGGACAUUUCAUAAUUCUAUUUCAAGUGGCAAGGGACUAUAUUAGUGUGGUGUACACAAUGGAUGUGUUCCUUCAAUCAUUGACAGGUGAUCAUACCUUUGUACGAUGCCACUUAGAAAUGAGGAUAUAAGCUAAAUGGGAUUUUUGAUCAUGUUUGUCCAUCAUCAUUCUGAGAAAGUUGUAAUCACAAAUAUUUAGUUUUGUUCACAAAUAUUUACUUUGCAGUUUUCCAUACAGCAAUAUAUUUUUUAAAUCCGCACGUUUUUGUGUCAUUUGAAGUGUCAUUUUUUGAAUCUCAUUAAUGUGAUCAUACUAGAGAGAACAACAUUCCAUCCUGUCUGUCUUACAGUGUGCAGUCCAAAUAAAUAAUGUAUUAUAUGGUGUUUUCAGUCUUAUGACAUAAAAUCAUGUCAGGGUAAUGUUAGACCAUGUAGGGGUAUGUGGAAAAAAGAAUGCCUGUUGUUGACAUACCAGCUAUCAUUAGGGACGUUUCUCUUUGAAUGUAGGAUAAGAUUAUCAAUAUGACUCCAGUGGACAACUACAGCCUUUUUCUUUGAAUACGUGUUGUCAUGAUGUAGUUGACCAUUAACCUGUAACUUGAAUAUAUUUAUGGUGUAUUUUGUGUAAGAGUGGAUCCUUCUGAUGGUGAAAUAAUGGAAGAAUAUCCCAUUGAUAUUUUGAAUUACUAUUGUCUUAUUUAGCCGUAAAAAGAAUGAUAAUUGCAAUGAAAAGGCUAUACAUUGUUGUACAUUUUUUGUCUCAUUUCUUGUGCUUGAUUUAUGAAAUCAAAGUGUAUAAGAUUUUGUUUUCUAUGUGUUGGUAAGCAUACUGUGUAUUAAGGCUUCAGUUACGUAUUAAGAUAAUGUAUUAAAAAAAAUUAUCACACGAGAAAAUCACCAAACAAUCAAUCACCCUGAUCAAAAUUGUACUGAAACAGGGCCCACUUGCACAAUGCGAUCUUAGUGCUAUGACUCUCUAAGGUUUGUGUUUACAGUUUGGGAGUUAAGGUCAUCCUAGGGCUAAGAUUGCUUAGUGCAAGCAGGCCCUGUUUUUUAGGGGUUUUGUUUCUUCUUACAACAGAAUAUCCUUCUAAUACGAGGACACUUGUUCACCGGUGAACAUUUGAUGUUGCAUAAUGUAUGUGGCCUGAAGUAUACAGGGUACAGUAUUUGUUAUUUGAAUUGUAGCUGGGGCGGAUACAGCUUUUAGAGAAAAGGGGGGUGCACAUUUCAUAUUCAUCCGUAUUCAUGAGAGUUUCAAUAGUCAUUUAAUAAACUUUCAAAACAAAAGGUGUGUGUGCCCCCAUUGUGUGCAAGCGCAUGCACGCACACACACACACACACACACACACACUCCACACCUCCCCUCUGGAUUUGCCUAUGGGCUGUAUUCAAAUGUCAGAGGAACCAUCCUUAAUGUUUAAACACAUGUCCCUUGAAUGUGUCUGUUCUGCAACAUCAAGACAAAAGGUAUUCACGUUAACUUUUAAUCUUUUAGCUAUGGUCACGUUUGUUAUAUCACAUCUAUUAUCUUCUGUUUAGCCACACCACCUGCUUUGUCUGUUUUUGUUCAAUUAUCAUCGUGGGCAGCUUGUCUUGUAUUAUGGGUGAAUAAAUCUUUUCUGGUUUUGAUAA